AUGAAGUUUUUGGCCAUAACUAACGUGUUUUUGACUGUACUGUUUCCUAGCGCACUAGGAGCUCAUUUUCGGUUCACCAACGUUAAGUGCAAAAGUCUGGAUCCUGAGUUUUCGGAGGUCAAGGAAUGCUUUCUGAAGAUGGUGCAACGAAAUGUUGUGGGAAUAAAUUUUCACGUGGCCAUUAAAUACAGCCAACCCAUUAAUAAAGUUGAGUUCAACCUUAGUAUAUUUCGAAAAUCAAAUAUGUACAGGUUGUUCUGGGUGAACCACACCAUCGACUUUUGCUAUUACAUGCGCAAGCCACAGCAAUAUCCGAUUUUCUAUAUGUUUCACGAUUCCUUAAUGGCAGCCACCAAUGCCAAUCACACGUGUCCAUAUACCGAGAAGGAUAUCUAUGUGAAAAGAAUGACUUUCAACGAUAAGACGGUGAAGGACCUGCUUUCCUUCCUACCUGAUGGCGAAUACAAGCUUGUAGUAUCUGUUGGUGCUUUUGGAGUCUGGCGUUUACAGGUCAACGUGUUCGGUGUGCGUGAUUAA